AUAUACAUUUAACACAUCUUUAUCCCUUACGGGGUGGACAGAGACAAUCUCAAUUGAUUAAGUAUAUUUGAAAUAUAUAACUCAUCAACAUAAUUUCGUAUCUUUAUUGAUAACAUGUUGUGUGUAUUGGCUGUAACACCACUUGAUAUUAAUAUCAAGUUUUAUCACUAACAGUAAACAAAAUGGAUCCAAACGGAGAUGUCUGCUUUGACGAAAUAAUUAAGCAAAAUUUAGGCCCUGAUCAAUUGAAACAGUUCAAUAAAAUUCAUUACGGACGCGAAGACCAUUGUGAACUGAAGUUGCAGGAAACAACAGUUAGUGCCAGUGAUAAAUAUAACUUCCAAGUAGAAGGGUAUUCUUUUGAAGCUGCUAAAGAGGAAAUUAGGAGACCAAGGGUUGUAAAGAUUGGCUUAAUUCAACAUUCAAUUGUUUUACCCACGGAUAAACCUCCGAGAGAACAACGGGAAGCUGUUUUUGAUAAAAUGAGAAGAAUUGUAGAAAUCGCCGGUACGGAGGGCGUACAAAUUCUCUGCCUGGCCGAAGCAUGGUCGUGUCCAUUCUUUCUUUGCACUCGGGAGAAGGAACAGUGGGCUGAAUUCAUAGAAUCACCUGAAAGCGGACCAAGCAUACAGUUCUUAGCUCCUUUGGCAAAGAAAUAUGGUAUGGUGAUAAUAUCCCCGAUAUUUGAACGUGAUGUCGACGGAAAAAUGUGGAAUACUGCCGUUGUCAUUGAUGUUGAUGACUGUGGACAAUAUUUGGGUAAACAUCGUAAGAAUCAUCUACCAAGCGUUGGUAGUUUCAGCGAAAUUAACUACUACGACCCUGGCAACACCGGCCAUCCGGUUUUUGAGACCAAGUACGGUAAAAUUGCUAUAAAUAUAUGUUACGGGCGACACCAAGGGCUUAACUGGUUAAUGUUUGGUUUGAAUGGGGCUGAAAUAGUUUUUAACCCUGCGGCGACUAUCGCGGAAUUUGGGGAGUCGUUCUGGGGCAUAGAAGCUCGGAAUGCGGCUGUCGCUAAUUCUUAUUUUACGGCUAGCAUCAACAGGGUUGGGACUGAAACUUUCAAAGUACUGAAAGUUGGGGAAGAAAAGGGAGUUUCAAGAACCUAUUAUGGAUCCAGCUACGUCACUGCACCUAACGGGUGUAGGACUCCAGGACUUUCACGGAAUAAGGAUGGGUUGCUAAUGGCAGAGUUGGAUUUAAACUUAUGUCGGCAAAUCAGAGAUCACUGGGGGUUCGCUAUGACCGCGAGACUAACCAUUUAUGCUAAAGAAUUGAAAGAAAAAGUUGGCACGACAUAAUUUCUGGUGAUUGGAAAUAAAAUGCAAU